AUAUCUCAGGGACAAUAAUUGAUUAACAUUCUCCCUCUUUCUAGGAUUCCUAUAAGUUCCUCUGUAAUGUCAUGAACUGAUUAUUAUUUCCAGCUUCAAUGCAUUGUUUCUUCAAUGAUGAAGUUUUCAUUCCAACCCAUCGUUGCUUUUCUCGGAUGCAGGUUGCAUUACUGCUGGCAACGCAUGCUGCCUUACCUCCUGAGCUUUACUGGAAGUCCAUGUUUCCCACUACUCCCAUUCCUAAAUCAUUGGCACAUCUUCUUCCCCCUCAUGUCAGGUUGUGGCACCACCAUCCAUGGAGGGACCGAAUACAGACUCGAAGAUAGAUCAUGCUUCGACUAUUGUUAUAAGAACAAUGGGAAAAAGCUAGACGAUAACGCCAACACAGCUCUUUUCUUCUUGGAGGAGGACUUGAAGGCUGGUCACAAAAUGAACUUGCUCUUCAAGCAAGCCUCCAACCAAGCAUUCUUUUUGCCUCGUGAAAUCGUGAAAUCCAUUCCCUUUUCUUCAAACAAGGUGGCUGAAAUAUUGAACGAGUUUGCUGUGAAGCCUGGGUCAAUAAAUGCUGAGGUUAUGAAGAAUACAAUUGAACUUUGUGAGGACUCAGGGAUUAAAAGAGAGGAGAAGUAUUGCGCAACAUCUUUAGAAUCCUUGGUUGAUUUUAUUACUUCCAAGCUUGGGAGACACGUGGAAGCUUUGUCUACAGAAGUGGUGAUGGAAACAAAGAAGCACGAAUACACAAUAAUGCAUGGAGUAAAAAAGGUGGGAGUAGAGAAAAAAGUGGUGGUGUGCCACAAGCUUAGUUAUGUGCAUGCUGUGUUUUACUGUCACAAAAUAGAGAACACAGUCGCCUAUACGGUGUCGUUGAAGGGGGCUGAUGGGAGCAAAGUGAAAGCUAUAAGUGUAUGUCAUAGAGACACGUCACAGUGGAAUCCAAAACAUUUAGCCUUCCAAAUGCUAAAAGUCAAGCCAGGGAGUGUUCCUAUAUGCCACUUUCUUUUUCAAGACACCAUUGCGUGGGUUCAAACACAAAUUAGGUGAUUUCACAAAUUAGAUGGUAUGUUGAGAGAGAGAGUGUGUAUAAGAAAAUCAGGAUUUAGCGAGGACCAUAUUCCUCGCUAAAUCAAAUCCAUUCAUCGCUAACAUUAAUUUAGCGAGGAAUUAUUUUUCUCGCAAAAUACAUAGUUAAAUGAUGGGUCUCUAAUAUUUAGUGAGGGUUAA